ACUGCUUGUAAAUGCUUUUUUAAAAGCUGAAAUACAACAUUUUACGGGAUGCCUGUGCUUUUUGUUGCUAUUACGAACAGCCAGUCAGCGGGUACACAACGAGACUCAGACUCAAGAUGGCUGCCUUGUUGAACAUGAGUAAAGCAGCUUCAAAAGUUCUUUUGAUUGGAAAAAACUCGCACUUGUUAACAAAGACGCAAUAUUUUUUUAGAUAUGAAAGUGUUAUACAUCAGAGGAUGGGAUAUUCUAGUUUAAACCAUGCGAGAUUUGACAAUUUGUACACACAACAUGAGCCUAUCCCUACAACUUCUCUACUACAACCACACAAUGAAACUUCUACUUUCAAUUCGCGUUUUAGCACGUGGAGAGGAAAUAAGAAAAAUCUAUUUGCCAAUUCUUCCAGCAUUGAUCCAGAUGACCCAAAGAAUGGUGCUUAUGUCAUUGAAGAAGGCAAUGAUGAUGAUGAUUUUGAUGAUGAUGAUGUAGAUAAUGAUGGCACAAAAGAUUUUUUUAGAGAAAAAGACAAGCUUAAAAAGUUUACUAGUAAAAAUAUGUAUAGUGAGAAAAGACCCAAUCACAAAGCACAAAAGACUGUUGAGGGUAAAGUCAGAUCGUCACGAUAUGUGUUCAAAGAUCUACAUGAUGGGGAGGAGGAUUUCCGAUGGGUAAGGAGGCAGGGCCAAGUGGUGAGGUCAAGACGAAAAGGAGAGUGGUAUGCUAAUCAAAUGUCAAGAUUAGCCAAUCAGAAUCAGAUUGAGAAAGCAGAAGAAAUGCUACUUUCAAUGAAACAGGAGGGGAUCACCCAAAAGGCUGAAGUGAUAAACAUUCUGAUAAGUGCUUAUGCAAAGAAAGGAAAUGCAAGAAAAGCGUUUCAUCUUUAUAAUAACAUCAAGAAAAUGGGUCUGAAGGCUACCACACACACCUACACCAGUCUAUUCAACUGCUGUGCCUUGUCUAACAAUACCAAACUUACCAGAGCAAGCCUGGACAAGCUAUGGGAGGAAUUUCAUCUCCGAGUCAACACAGAAGACAUAAAACCCCAUACCAUCACCUACAACGCAGCUAUCAAAGCAUUUGCUCACUGCAGUACCCCUUUGAAAGCUUUUGAAGUCUAUGAAGACAUGCAAACCCAUGGAGUGCAAGUUGAUGGUUACACAUCGGCAGCCCUGCUGGCAGCCUGUGCGGCAAUGGGUAGGGGGGGACCAGCCAAGGCCAUGUUAGUGCUGGAGGAGAUGAAGGAGCAAGGAGUGAAAUUGGAUAUUUAUGUGUUCAAUUUAGUUCUCAAAGUUAUAAGGGAUGCGAAAUUUGAUCACUUGAAGAAAAAUCCUGAGAAGGCAUCUAUCACAUUUGAAAAACAGCAUAAGGAUAGUAUUCUUAAUGGUUCUUUUGGUGGAGAUAUUCAGAAUAAUACUGGGACUUUAGGAGAUGAUCACAGAGGUUUGGCAAGGUUAGAUGUUAAACAAAACACCAAGGCUGAACAAUGCUUUAAGGAUUUGAUUCCUGCUGUUCAAGAAGUUCCUAAAAAUUCUGUGUUUCAAACAAAGGGUAAGACAUCUCCCUUGGGGGUCAACCUCUUUGCUGGAGUUGAGAGUUUUGUUCAGUUGAUGGCUGUCAAUGAAGUGAAGCCAGACAUUCGGACAUUCCAUUUGAUGCUUCAACUAGCAAACGAUGGUGUAGAACAGGAGAAUAACCUUCUGCAGGUGAUGGAGAGGUGUGGAAUUAGCCCUGAUAUGGCAAUGCUGAACACUCUUGUGAGGAGAAGGGCUCGAAAAGGCGAUGUCACUACCGCUAAGGAAUAUAUAGAAAACUUCAGCAUCCGGUAUAGCCUAUCUGCUGAUGAGAGAACCUAUGUGAUUUUGGCAAGUGGGUGUAGAACCACUAAAGAUGGACUCUGGCUUCUUCAAGAAAUGAAGGAUAGAGGACUUCAGUCUAGCCAAGCUGUGUACAUGAAGUUGUUAUUUUGUGCAUCAAGAAGUCACAACUACCCACACAUGAUAACUUUGCUUAAGGUAAUCAAAAAAGAGGGCAUACAGCCACUGGAUGGAAUCCUGUCAUUAAUGGAUAAGAUUUGUUAUCACACACAGAAGGGAGAAUCAAAAAGGGAUGUUGAGACGAAUAAAAAGCUGAAAAGGAAAGCAAAAUUCUUACAGACACAGCGAGCAAGCCUCCUUGAGCACUACUCUCACUGGAGACAAGGACUGAUACCCAACAAUGAUGUGGAUCUAGAUGACACAGAAGAGAAAAAUUAUGAUCAUUUGUAAGCAAACCCAAGGCCUGGCUACUUUUAAUCAAUCAGGGUCCAGUUCCUGAAAGGCAGAAUAGGUUAUUCAUUGGAUAAAUGUUGUCCUUGACUAAUCAAAUGACUAGAAUAGCCAAGUGAUCCCUGCAAUAAACCUAUUCUGCCUUUCAGGAACUGAGCCCUUGAUUAAAAGGACCCGAAUUAAUAUUCCCCAGUGAGUUAUGCAACUAUUCCUAAUCAAAUGACAGUGUAAGUGAAAUAAAAUACAUCUUAUACUCUAUAUUUUAUUUAUUUAAAAAAAUAAAAUUCAUAUAUAACUAUA